AUGUUGUAAAUUAUUGAAUUCUGUAGUUAUUUAAGAAUUAUUUAUUUAACAAUUAAUUGCUUGAAUUUCGUAUUUUUUAGGUAUUGUUUUCAAUCUAUAUANACCUUUAGUAAAUGAUUCAAAAAUAUUACAUCCUGAUCUUAUUUAACUUAUUGAUUUUGGAUUAUCAUAAGAAUUAAUUAGAAAUUCAAAAUUAUUGAAAGAUGUAUUUAUUGGCUCAUUAAAUUUUGCCAGCAGAUAAUCUCAUAAAGGAGAAUAACUAGGCUAUAAGGAUGAUUUAGAGAGUCUCUUGUAUGUUUUGGUUUACUUAAGAAAUUGUAUGUAUAUUCUUUACCCUUAGUAACAUUGCCAUGGUUCCAAAAACCAUCUUGGGGUUAUAGAGAAGUAGAUAUCAAAGUAAUUGGCAGGAUCAAAUAAUUUCAUUUUAAAACUGUUUCCUAAACUUAGAAUUUCCCUUUAUAGUUUUAAGAGAUAAUGUCUUACAUAGACACAUUAAAGUAUGACAUAAUGCCAGAUUAUGGUUAUAUUAAAAGCUUAUUUAUGGAAAUGAUAAAAAAACCCUAGUGUUCUAUAUUCUAAAUACACUAAGUAUUCUAAUCUUCGAAUGAAAUAGAAACUUCAAUUUUAAUAGAAAAUUCUGCUGAGAACAAUAAAGACAAUAAAUCUUGUGAUUAAAAUAUGGAGGAUAUGUUGAGUUUUGAGACAAAACAUGUUCAAAUUUCAAAAAUAAUUGGUAAAUAUGUGACUAAUUCAAUUAAAUCAAUAAGUGAUAUUAAAUCUUGA